CAGUUGUUUUUGACACUAAUUUGCACUCAUUUUAGUCGUCGUAUAAUAAACCACUGAAUCGGUGAAUGAGACGACUGUUUGAAUGCCUUAUGAAAUGCAUUGGCAUUGAAAGCAUACACUAAUCCCAAUCAUAGCCCACAUUGAGACCCGCAAUGAGUAGUAAUAAUACAUUUGGUGUGAAUUGCAGUCAACCCUCGCAUCGGUCGUCCAAUUCUGGCAUUAAUUUCGACUUUCCGUCACUGAAUCUGGACUUGAGUUCAAUCACCGAAGCGCUGUCACCGAGGAGUCUGUCCAACGGUUGGGACCAACUCAUGGCUUCCACCAAGACGUGCGCCAAUCGUCCCAAAGACAUCACUUGUCAGAGCUGUGGACUCAAGUUCUCGGUGUUCAAGAGGAAGCGGACGUGUUUCGACUGUAAUAUGGAUUUUUGCACUCAAUGUCUGAACAAAGAGGUCGGUUAUGACCGCAAGAAUCACUGCAAACGCUGUGUUGUCUUCAAUGCCGUACCAUUGGAUCGAAACGCGUUGAACGGUCUCAGGGCUCGCGAUCUCAAGUGGUUUUUGGCCUCAAAGCGGAUUCCCUCUCAGAUGUGCAAAGAAAAGGGAGAACUCGUCGAUCUUAUACUCCAAUCGUUUUCUCCGCAAACAAAUACUUCAGAAUCGGGUGAAUAUAUGAGACGUUUUGAUAACUACAACACCACUACCACUCACACCUCAAGUGAUAAUCAAAGUCCAAGCGAUUCCCAGCCGGAGAGUCGCAAUGAGAGACAUUCACCCAUUUAUCCCACACUUAAUCCAUUGACUUCAGACACGAGUGCCACGAAUGGGGCGCUUCCCGGUAGCAGUGAAUCGGUGAACGAGAAGCCAGAGUCCACGCCAGUGAAGGCGCAGACGUACUUCAAUAUCGACGACUUGACAUCAUUGGAUCAGUUGAAGGAACUGAGUGUCAAACAAAUGAAACUGAUUUUGACGCGAAAUUUCAUCGAUUAUAAGGGAUGUGUCGAAAAGGAAGAGCUUUUCUCCAAAGUGGAGAGACUCUGGACUGACAAACAGGAGAACAAAAUGCAAAAUGUGGACGACAUUCCCGAUUCAAAUGUGUGCAAAAUCUGUAUGGAAUCCACUAUUGAUUGUGUUUUAUUAGAGUGCGGGCAUAUGAUCUCGUGUACGAACUGUGGUAAGCGGUUGAGUGAGUGUCCCAUUUGUCGCCAAUACGUCAGUCGUGUCGUCCAUAUCUUUAAGUCUUGAAGGCCUCACAAUUAGUCUGAAAUUUUUAUUUUAUUAAACGAAUAGUCAAUAACUUAUUGAUAUAAUUAAGAAACAAUAUUUUGUUUACAAAUCAAAGCCAUAACAUAAAUAUUGUUUUUACUAAUAUAUAUAUUUAAUUGUAUUUAAAAAGAGUAUUUUAAAACUAUGAUAUACUACUC